AAAUACAUUCGUUACAUGCGGACUUUUAUUUUGAUACCGGGGCUUUUAAUUCCAAAGCGGAAACCUGUAGAGAUCUUCCGCUACAUCUCCUAUUGAGCUAGCGCUGAACAGUGACCUUCUCUCAGUGGUCCAGUGCACUUAUAUCUUAGAGAUGGCAGGUGGUGCAUUCGCUGGCUGGUGGACUAAGGUGGCCCCCUACUACACCAAGGCAUACCAGGAGAUGUGGGUUGGUGUAGGGAUCAUGACUUUCAUGUACUACAAACUUUCAUAUGGAGGAAAGAAGAAAGCAGUGCAGUCAAAGCCCGCCCACUGAUUGGACCACCGGAGAGCGUCAUUCCCCAUGUCUUUUCUGUAAAUCUCCCCCUGAAGAACUUCACCUGGAUAUCUGUAUUUUGUUUUAUGGAAACAAUAAAAUGCUUGAUUUGGAUCACAAUAUGGAUAACUCACUGCCUUGUAGUCUUUCCCUCUGUUUUGCAGGAAAUUCAUAUCGGCAAACAUGAAACUGUUUGAUUGUUAACUUAUGAAAUUAAACUACUAAAAAAGUCCUGCCAAA